AUGGCCGGAGAGGGGCUGCCGCAGAGCAACACAGCCCCCCUCUGGCACUCUCAGCAUCUCGAUGUAGCACGGCGGGUGAUGCAGCUGAGCUGGUGCAGAUCUCUCCUUGGCAAGGGGAGGCCUUCAGCAGGGCUGUACUCGUUGCAGGUGCCCGUGGCCUUUGAAGACGUGGCCGUCUACUUUUCACCAGAGGAGUGGGCAGAGCUAGCAGAAUGGCAGAAGGAGCUUUACCAAGACGUCAUGGUGGAGAAUUAUGAGCUUGUUUCCUCUCUGGAAUGCCUGCUCUCUAUUCCUGAACUUCUGUCUCGGCUAGCCCAGGGAGGGGCCCCGUGUGCUUCAGAGCCCCUUCUUCCUGCAGGGAACAGCAACUCCCCAGCCGGCAGAGCAGCCCUGAGCCUGAAGCAGGAAGGCGGCGAGUCCCCUGAGCUUCCACCCCCUGGGCUUGGCUCUGAGGAGGCGCUGAAGGGGCCCCAUCCUCGCCACUCCAGGCCUGCAGGGAAGAGGCCCAAGACGGCCCGGUUGCAGGGCAGGCAAAAGCGAGCCAGGCCAGGACCAACUGCCAGGGAUGCUGAAAAAGCGCAACGGAGCUGGAAGAAGGAGAAGUCCUAUAAGUGCCCCCGGUGCCAGCGACGCUUCCUGAGCCGCCUCGCCUUGACCGCCCACCGGCGCCUCCACGUCCGGAAGUGGGGCCGGCGCUGCCCGCAGAGUGGGGGCCAUUCGCCUGCCGCCUUAGACCCAGCCGUGCCUCCGGAGGGCCCCUUGGGCACUGGCGCCAGCCACGUUCCUUGCAGCCAGGGAGAGGGCAGCCUGCCUUUCUGGCCAGAGAUGGCGCUGCACCAGCAGGCCCCUGCAGCACACAGCUUCAACCCCUGGCCCCUUGGCUAUGGCCCCCCACCCCUGCCUGGCCCCCAGGCUCCAGGGCUGCACAGCAACGGGGAGUUCAUCUGCGACCAGUGUGGCUGGAGUUUCCUCGGCUGGGAGGAGCUGGUCACGCACCAGCUGGUGCACAUGGCGGCCGAAGGGAUCGCAGGCUCCGUGCCCAAAGCUGGGGCCCUGUCCCAGAUGGGGGGCGACCGGCCUUACGCCUGCACCCAGUGCGGGAAGACCUUCCGGCACAAGCCCAACCUCCUGGCCCACCGGCAAGUCCACACGGGCGAGCGGCGCUACCAGUGCCAGGAGUGCGGCAAGUCCUUCGGCAGCAAGGCCUACCUGGCCUCCCAUCAGCACAUCCACACCGGGGAGAAGCCGUAUGUCUGCGGGCAGUGCGGCAAGAGCUUCCGCCACAAGCCCAACCUCCUUUCGCACCAGAAGAUCCACACCCGGGACCCUCUUCCGCAACAGAGCCACCCCCUGGACACCUUCAGCAGGGAGAACUUCCAGAUCCAGCUUCCAGUGGCGGGCUCCCCCAGGAUGGAGGUGUUCCAGCCCCACCGACCCCCGCAGGACACCCCCGUCCCCUGCUUCCCAAGCGACACCCCCGUGCCUCAGCCGCAGCUCUCUUUGCCUCUCCCUCAGCCUCUGCUGGCAGCCGACCGUCCGUUCAUCUGCCCGGUCUGUGCCAAGCAGUUCCGUUGCAAGCCCUACUUGGUGGCCCACCUCCGAAUCCACACGGGGGAGAAGCCGUACGCCUGCAGCCGCUGCCCCAAGCGCUUUUCCCAGAAGUCCAACCUGGUUUCCCACGAGCGCCUCCACACAGGCGAGAAGCCGUACGCCUGCCCGCUGUGCCCCCGGGUCUUCAGCCAGGGCUCGAACAUGCGUGCCCACCAACGCAGCCACAGGAAUAUCAGCGCUAGAGAAGCAGAUGGCGGCCUUCUCCAGAGCUAUCCCCCCCGCCAGACGCAGCAGCCUGCCUAGAGGCUCAAUAGCGGCCUGUCUUCUGGUCCACAAAGCACAGCCUCUUUGCCUCCCCCUUCUGGCCCCCGUGUCCCUGGAAGGCUGGAUGUGCCCAGCUAGGGAGGCACCAAACUCUUCCUCGGAGAAAUUCUGCAAAAUUCUAGUAACAUUCUCUUUUCCAAUUCUAGUCGGCCCGAGCAAAAGACCCCCCUCCCCCAAGCUUGCAGGUGAAGGACAACCGAUAGGUCUUGUGCUGAAGCCAGAUAGAGCUAAUCCUCGUUUCUGAUAUGUGUGGAGCAGCUUUGGCACGCGUGCGGGCAAAGAAGCACUCUGCGCAAGUUCAGAUAUCUGUUUCGCCAUUGUUAUUACUUCACUUAGAAUCCUAGAGUUGGAAGGGACCUCCAGGGUCAUCUAGUCCAACCUCCUGCACAGUGCAGGAAACUCACAAAUACUGGACUUCUUCCAGGCAUGGCAUUAGGUAUCAGUUCUGAGGUUUAAUCUUGGCCCCAGGGCUGAAGGCACCUUCAGGAAAGAGGGGCAGAGGCUAGAAAGAGCAGAAUGCCAAGGAGCCAGUGGGAAAAAGAGGAAAGAGGCAACUGGGACUCUGGCACUGAAAAAACCAGCCACUUUGGGAGGCAACCGCUGAAGGAGGGUGCAGGUCAGGCAAGGGCUGGGGGUGGAGAGACAUUAAAGACUCAGUUUCAGACUCAGUUUGGUAGGUUUGGUAACAAACAAGCCAUUGCUUUCUGACUUUUUUUUCUAGGGGAGCAAUUCCACGCACAAGCACGCUUUUGCAAAUCGUAGCCUUUACGCCUCUAGUCCUUAUCAACGGGGAGACAAUUGUGAGGACAUAGCCUUGGCACAAGGAGUUUUGCAUGGUGACCGAUCUCUCUUUCAUUCCUUCGGGCCCCAUGAUCCCACUCCCCCCCCCCUUUGACAUUCUUCUGCAGCUGCACCAAUGCAUGCAUAAGGCUGGCUGGCUGGCACAGUUCCAACAAGGGCAGGACUUGGAUGUGGGAAACUCCUCAUGCAGAGAAAUAUUGCAAGGAAAGACCCCACUGGCUUGAAGAUGAGCAGGCUCCUGUUUUUUCACUUAAAUUUGCUCUGAUUCCUGUUGUAUAGACUUCCAAGAAAUAAAGUAGUAAAUGGCAGUUUGGAAAAGCUGA